UUCCCAAUUAUUAAAUGCCAGGUAUGUUUUACUAAAACCGGUUACCGGGUCGCACAUUUCUGCAUUUCUUUGUGAACCGACGAAGACGUUAGACGUUACAUUUAAGUGAACGACAGUUUUUUUACUACAAAGAGAAGGAACAAAGAUUAACUAUGCCAGUUCCAGCUAUUCAGAAACCAGCUCCGGCUUUCCGUGGUACUGCAGUUGUCAAUGGUCAGUUUAAAGACAUUUCCCUUUCCGACUAUAAGGGAAAAUAUGUUGUACUGUUCUUUUACCCAUUAGACUUCACAUUUGUUUGCCCAACUGAGAUCAUUGCUUUCUCUGAUCGUGCUCAUGAAUUUGAGCAGAUUGGCUGCAAACUUAUUGCAGCAUCCACUGACUCUCACUUCAGUCAUUUGGCAUGGGUAAAUACCCCACGUAAACAGGGUGGCCUUGGUGAAAUGAACAUUCCUCUUCUUGCUGAUAAAAGCACUAAGAUAGCACGUGAUUAUGGCGUGCUUGAUGAAGAAACUGGAGUUCCAUUCCGUGGUCUUUUCAUCAUAGAUGAUAAACAACACUUACGUCAAGUUACAAUUAAUGAUUUGCCAGUCGGCAGAUCUGUUGAUGAAACAUUGCGUUUGGUUCAAGCAUUCCAAUACACAGAUAAACAUGGAGAAGUAUGUCCAGCUGGCUGGAAACCAGGAAAGAAAACCAUGAAGCCUGAUGUUGUAGGCUCAAAAGAAUAUUUUAAGGACCAAUAAAUAAAAAUAUUCAUAUUUUACUAGAAA